GCCACACUGAUUUUGUUGCUGGAAAUUCGACUCGGCUUUUUUAUGAUGGAAUUGUCACCAAACAACCAGAUUGAGGACAGAAAACCCAUCCUAACAGCCGACGGCCUGGUCCAAACUUCGAACUCCCCCUUCGAGCCGGCCAUUUCGCAGGAGACCCAGACCUCCAACGGGAUCGGCGGUCAGUGCCAGUUGACGGUGGACCAGUUGGACAUUGAGAUUCUGCCGAUAAUCUACGACAUUGUUCGCUGCGUUGAAAAGGAUCCGCUUGAGAACGCUGUGAAGCUGCGCGAGUCCCAGGAUUGCAACCACAAGAUUUUUGAGCUACAGAAACGAUUUGAGUCCGCCCGCGAGCAAAUCCGUCAGCUGCCUGGCAUCGAUUUCAACAAGGAGGAGCAGCAACAGCGACUGGAACUGCUUCGAAAUCAGCUGAAACUCAAGCAGCAGCUGAUCCGGAAGUACAAGGACACAGAGUUCUAG